AUGAUUGUGUCUCUCUCUGGUGUGUCUCACAUGUGUGACAACAACUGUUACAAGGACUGUGUGUACCUGUGCCUGUUGAACAGUGGAACCAGCUUUGUGGCCGGUUUUGCGAUCUUCUCUGUUCUGGGCUUCAUGGCUUAUGAACAAGGGACAGACAUCUCAACGGUGGCCGAAUCAGGUCCUGGCCUGGCAUUCAUCGCAUACCCUCGUGCCGUGGCCAUGAUGCCAUUACCCCAGCUUUGGGCCAUCUUCUUCUUCAUCAUGAUAAUCCUACUGGGGUUAGACAGUGAGUUUGUAGCUCUGGAGUCUUUGAUGACAGCUAUCUCAGACAUGAAUCCCUCCUUCUUCCUGGUUGGCCAUCGGCGUAAAAUCCUCCUCCUCAUCAUCAGUGUGGGUAGCUUCUUCAUUGGCCUGGUCAUGGUCACAGAGGGAGGCCUGUAUAUCUUCCAGCUGUUUGAUUACUAUGCCUGCAGUGGGAUGACUCUGCUUCUCUUCGCUAUACUACAGUCAGUGUGUAUCAGCUGGGUUUAUGGUGCAGACCGUCUGUACGAUAAUAUGGAGGACAUGAUUGGUUAUCGACCAUUACCCAUCAUUAAGUACUGUUUGAAGUAUUUCACUCCUGUCACGAUCGUCUAUGGGAGAGAGAGAGGACCAAGAUGUUCUCACGCUAUCAAGUGA